UGGGUCGCAGAGGACCAGGUCCUCACCCCCCUGGUAGCCAUCGCGGUUCUUUCUGGACGGGUGUCUGAAACGGUCGAUGGUGACUUGGUAGCUGCACCGGCGCUUCGGACGACAACGCCUCUCACCCUCCCUGGGCUCACGAUUGGUCGAGUUGAGAUGGAGGACUCGGCAUUGUCCCUGUGUGUGUACAGUACCUGUGUGGUCUAA